AAAAAAAACAUAUGGGGCGUAAUGAAUACGUCCCAUAUCUAGGUCUACACCUAUGUUGCGCAAUGAGUGUAUGGACCAUCAAUAUGGGCUGCAGAAAUGCCUUUUGAGUAUGUCUCGAAAGGUAAACGUUUCUAGUCCCGCCCAAACACACCGGUGAAUAGCCAACUCUGAAUUGAGUCGGGGCGGGCGUCAACUUGACGGUGAGGUAACUUUUGACUGGGAGAGGAAAUCAGAGUUUGGAACAGUGGAACAAGUACAAUAGUGCAGAGUACAAGAGUGCGGAAGUGAAAAGAGCGUCGGUGUGGUCCUAAAAGCUCUGGGGAAUUCCUCCAGAAACAGCAGCAUAAAGAAGUAGUCUAUCUCAGUAGUGAGAAUGAUGGGUGAGACACCGGUCAGGGAGGAUGGCACAGUUACAAGGUCAGCUGAGUAUGUUGGGUCUUUUCAUGUGGAAGACUGCUGUUUGGACGAUCAGAUGCAGCAGUUGCACACACAGCUAAAGUCUCUCAAAACAUGCAAGAAAAGGAGGCCUGUGUCCCUUAAAUUUUCCAUCAAAGGGGUGAAGAUGUAUGAUGAAGAUGAGACGACCCUCCUCAUGGCCCAUGCUCUACGAAGGGUCUCCCUUUCCACUGCCCACCCCUCGGACGCCCAGUUCGCCUUUGUUUCCCACAACCCCGGCAGCCCUGAUGCCCAGCUAUACUGCCACCUUUUCAAGGCUAGGCAUGCCAGAGCAGCCCAGUUCCUGAACCUGUUGCUGUGCCGCUGUUUCCAGCUGUCCUACCUGGCAAAGCACCCAGAGGAGGCGCAGGAUGAGUCUGUCGGCCCACUGCCCAGCCGUGCCCCCUCCCUCCUCAACCAGGGCUUCCCUCUCUGUGUCAGUGCCCUUGUGUCAUUCCGAAGGGCCCCCACUCAGGGCUUACUCCCAGGGGAAAAGGUCUUCCCAUUGAAGAACAACGGAACAACAACUGAGGAACAACCGAGCAGCCAAGAGGAGGUCUUCAACUCCUCUCCUUCCCUGGUGCGCAAGAGAGCCAUCCGCAACAAAGUACUGCGCUCAGGAGCCUAUCGCUCCUUCACUUACAGCCCUCACAAACAACGUCCCCUCCAGGAUCAGCUAAACUCUCCAGAAGGGAAGGGGCAGGACAAAAUGCCAGUGAGGAGAGCCCGGGCCCUGAGCCUUGCUGAAACAGAAGAAGCUCUGGCUCAAGCAGUGUGGUGUUGGGCUGGCAUUGCCACUGACAGCAGCUCCUCCCUGCUUGCAGAGGAUGUCCUGGGGUCGUACCUGCUGUGCCCCCAUCCUAAGAGAACUGGCUGUGGCUCUCUCAUAAUUCGUUUCUCUUCUGGACUGGUCACCCACCUAAUAGACAACACCUCCAACGGGAAAUACCUGCUUGAGAACUGCCACAUAGAAUUUAGCACCAUUGCUGCCUUGAUAGAGCACUACACCGACAUCAAGGGGGAGCUGGACUGUCCGCUGAGUUGUUCCCGUGUGAACCACUGCUAUGAGUGGGAGGAGAACGUUGCUAAGGCACUGCCUUUAGCCUUACACCAAGGCCUCAAAAGAAAGAAUGCAAAAUAUACCCAGAGGAAACAAUGGGUUUGAAAGUCAUUUCUGAUCAUUGGAUUGAUCAAUGUAUCUCAUUUUCUAAAAGACACUGACCAUAUGUUACACUGACACCUUAAAUAUAAUAUAAUUCAUUAACUUGUAUGCUUCACUUUUGUUAUUGUUUUCAGAUUUCUGAUAGAAACACAAAUCUAACUAUCAAAUUUACUUCCAGCAUGUGAAUUGUGAUGAGUAGAGUAACAUUUUGCCACUUAGCCUCUGGGAUGUAGGGUUGUUUUAAUGUCAAAAAGCUAUGUGUGUUUGAGUAUAUUCUUCUAUGUUUUAGCUGCACCUACUUUACUUCACCUACGUUUGAAUUAUAUUAUUUUAAUUACAUUAUUUUAAAACGUGGAAAUGUGUGUGUUUGUAUAGACUAUAUAGGGACAUUUUUUUAUAGAUUAAGCAGACUAAGGUUUUUUGUACAUUAACUCUGACUCAUGUUAAGCUGUCUUUUUGAAUUUGUGUUUUUCACUGCCGUCUUUUAAAGUGUUCUGUGAGAACUAGCAGUAUUUCUUCAUUUUGAUUACAGAUAAAUGUACUUGCUGAAUGAAAGUGUAUUGUUGUGUUUUAUAUUUUUAAGCAUAAUGCAUUGCCAUAUU